AUGUAUUGGGUGGUUACAUGGUUCAUGAAGCUCUGUAUGUUAUGCAUGCUUCUGAUGACUUUGGAUACAACCGAAGCUCAAAAACAGUUGAAACUGGGGUUCUAUAAAACCACAUGUCCGGCUGCUGAGAAGAUAGUGCGAGACACAGUGAAUAAGGCAGUCACCGCCAACCCUGGAAUGGCUGCAGGAAUCAUUCGUCUCUACUUCCACGACUGCUUUGUCAGGGGUUGCGACGCUUCACUUCUACUUAAGACAGUGGCAGGCAGUGAAAUCGAGUCAGAGCAAGAUGCCGGAGCAAAUGCCGGCACUCUGAGAGGACUCGAGAUAAUAGAUCAGGCUAAAGCAAAGAUAGAAGCUGCAUGCCCUAACACUGUCUCAUGUGCUGACAUCUUGGCUUUCGCUGCCCGAGAUAGCACCACCAUUGUUGGUGGUUUCUAUUAUGCUAUCCCAUCAGGACGAAGGGACGGAAGGGUUUCAAACAUAGAUGAAGUAGACCUCCCGUCACCGGAUUCUGACGUGGACACCCUGAAGAAGGAGUUUGUGGCUAAAGGUUUGAGUGUUGGAGACAUGGUCGCAUUGUCUGGAGCUCACUCUAUUGGGAGAGCAGGAUGUAAUUUUGCUACACAACGAUUAUAUUUCUUUAACGGCUCACAUACUGAUCCCUCGUUGGAUCCAAAAUAUGCAGCAGCUUUGAAAAAGAAAUGCCCGAAGAGUCGAAUCUCUGGGACUGCGGAUCUUGAUCUAGUGACCCCGAAUCGCCUGGACAAUCAAUAUUAUUCUAACGUGAAACAACACAAGGUUAUGUUAUCAUCGGAUCAAACGCUCGUUGAUAGUAAAUUUACAGCCGCAUUGGUAUCUAAAUACUCGAGUAACUUGGCUGCUUGGAGAAACGACUUUUCUGCAGCGAUGAUACGUUUAGGUUCUCUUGAAGUAUUGACAGGGACAAAAGGUGAAAUUCGUAAGAAGUGUGGGGUUCGAAACUAA